AUGUCUGGGCCGUUCAUGUACACCCCAGCGACCUACGAGCUUCCUCCAUAUUAUACCCACCCACACACACCCCAGCGAUCACCUUUCAUUCCCCCCUCUAAUUUAUUCCCAUCUUCCCCCUAUACUCCUCCUUCACCUUUCGUCGACCUUCCUGGAACUCCACAUAGUCCCUCCUUUCUGGGGGUUCCAUUACCAUCAAUUCAUAACCGACGACAUUCGUUUGGCCACGGCAAUCGCGCUCCUUGGCCAUACCCGACGUCGUCGCAAAACUUCCAGAUUCACCCGCUUCUCAACGGAGAAGCUUAUGUGUCCGAGUUCUACUUCGACAUCGCUAAUCCAGCUUUCGCGCCAUUGCGCAGAGUUGGCCCAAACCAGACGGCCAUGAUUUCUGUAGAGGAGCUAAGGGAACCCGCUACGUUCCCAACCAUCACUAGCAUGCGUAUCACGCAUGAUGCCAUUCCUCAAUGGCCUAUUCGACUUGCAAGCUCGUUCAUGGCGAUCUCUCACUCUGACUGGGCUCAGCUAAGCCAGAGUGAGGAAAACGCAAUUGCACGGGCAUAUACCCGCAGAUACAGGAGCAUUCCUUCCUCUGCUCAGCUCGAAGCAAGUCAAGGAGUCAAACGUGUUGACUAUUUGACGGACAGACACGUCUUCAGGGGACUUGUCAGAGCUGCGGACGAAGAUGGUUUCUACCACUGGAAGUUGUUGACGUGA